UGAUUUCUUUCCAGAAAUGAUUAAUACGAAUCUUAGGCAGUUCUGUGUAUGAUACAACAACAACCCGUUACAGUACUAUUGUAAUCGCUGAAGUGACAGCCGACAGCGUGACUUAUCUAAUUCUACAGUAGCCGAGGGUGUAGGUGUAUGAUAUCAGGAAUAAAAGCAGCUGGACCCUCAACCCUAAACUUUUUCCAGCAUGAUAACAUGGACAAAAUUACUGAGUAGCAACAGUUUUGUUGCGUGUCCGGCGCAGGGGUCCGAGAGAAUGAAAAGAAGCGUCGUCGGCACAGUAGCGAGAUGCCGCUCGUCGCCGCUCGUGACGCCUCGUUCUUCUGCCACCUCGAUUAUCUAACCUGAAGAUCUACUCAGGUUCGGGUAGGGUACUGACCACGAUGGCCGUUUCAGAAGAUUCCACUGUGCGAGGAGGCGGGACGUCGCGGAUGCGUCCUGCUGAGUCGUCACAGGAGUUCGAUCGUUUGGUCGGUGCGAGUCCUUCCGCACCAUUGCAACCCUCCUCUGGAAGCACAGCGAUGCGUUCGUCGCACGAUUCGAAAUGCAGUGACGCUUAUUUGCAACGACGACGAAGGGCGAAGACAAAGGCUCUUUACACUUUUUGGAAAAAAGUCCGUCGAAAGAUGCGAGCGUGCUACCGGGGUACGGUCGGGCGGCUUCGCGUCGGAGUCCCUGCUGCUUUGCUUUACCGGUGGAGGUCUGCUCUGGACCACCACAUCCACCGCGAAACUGACACUGAGCAAGAGGCGCUCAUCGAUAGAACAAGUAUACCGACACAGGCACCAUGUUGUCCACCAGGUAAAAGUAUUAGUCUACUUCAUCUGCAGGUGCAUCGAGGAAGAUCAUUACCCGCACGAGAAAAUCGUUCUGGGCGACGGAGGAAGAAGGAACCACCACCAGACAUCAAGGGGCUCCGAUGCUCUCGGCGUCUUCACGCGGUAAAAAAUUCUCUUUCUGCCAGCAGAAGAUCUGAACUAAAAAGAGUACUACCAUCACCACCGCAGAGGCGGAGGCCAACUAUAACAUCAAACUGUAAAAACUACUCCGGACGACUAACGACCUUUAUAUCACACAUAACCACCCUGCGUCUGAUGACGCUUUUCGUGAUGUUUUUCGCAACCCCCCACCCGGCGACCGAAAUGGGUACUAAAACGUCCCCACUGAACCCCUUUUCCAUCCUGCAGCGGUUCAAUGGUGGGUCUUCCGACGCCAGCGACUUUUCGCAGGACGGCAGCGGCAGGAAUCCGGCGAACCAAAAGCCGCUGCACGAGUCGCUUGGCUGCAAGUGGUCCGAGCUGCCGCCCGUCAUCCCAGCAGUGGACAAAACGGGCUAUUUUACGCACACCGGCCUGUUUGGGUUCGCGCCCGAGAUGAACAAUCGCGUCGUGCUGCAGAAAGCAAACUCGCACGUGAGUGUGGAUCUCUCGGGUGGUGGAGGUACAAGUACAACAGGCGGAGAUGGGCAAACGUCGACCCAGGAGCUGCAGCUGAAGACGGUGUGCAAUAUGGCGGUGGAGGGAACGGACCAGCUGCCGUGGUUCCAAACGUCGGAUCAGGUCGUGAAUGGGCAGGUGCAGACCGGAAGAAUACGGAAGUGCGAAUUUGAGCUCGGCGCGAACGGACCCUACAGAAGGUGCGAGAUGAUCGGUCUGGAACUGUCCCCACCCGCUUCCAACGCCGGAGGUGUCUCUUCUUCGCCUUUUUCCGCCAACAGCAACAACGAUCCCAACGGGAACGGGCAACUGGAGAGCAGACUUCUCGGUACGACCGCGCUCGUGUUCCAACCGCCCGCGCAGGUUUUCACCUGGAACAGCGGGCUGGAGUGCAUUCCGAUCCGGCUCGACUUGCGGUGUUGGUCGGCGCUGCAGCCCAGCGUGGGAAUCCCCUUCCCGCAAUACACCGUCCCGGGGAGCCUGAGCUUUUUCACCAGGCAAACGAUGUGCGGGUCCGCGGACUACGACUUCACAAAGAUUGCCAGCGCCGGAAGUUCCCUUCCGCCGGCAACGGGCGCCGCGGGCGAGCCGUUUCUGGACAAAGUGGACCACGACAUCGUGGCGGAGGGCAUGAACGUGAUGCGCUUAGAGGGCGAGGGCGGGAACAAUAAUUUGAAAAAACGCGUGUUGCGGAAUUACUACCACUGGGACAUUGCGCACCUGGUAGACGACAAUUACUUCAAAAAAUCCGCGCCGCGGAACGCGGAAAAGGCCAAGUCGCAGAAUUGGAUGUCGCUGCACUACAUCAACUGGGAACUGGCGAGUGGCGUCACGUUGCUGCACGCGAAGGUGGAAUCCCUGACGCCGGGGAUUCACUACCGGCUGGCCCUCUUGCGCGGGAAGGACAUGCCCUGGGGCGAGAACCACGUGGACGGGGUUAGCGGAACCAUGAUCGAAUCAGGCCAACUACAUAUCGAAUGGAAAUUUGGUAGAGGUUUUUGUGGAUAGAAUCAUGCACGUAUUAAAGAGUAAGGAUUGAGGUGAAGAUUCGUCGCAAGGGCCCUCAUCAUCGCAUCUUUUUGGCAUGUCUGACUGCACAAACGAAAACAAGCAACUGGCUUCUAGCUGCAAGAUGAUCGUGAAAUUAUUUUGGUGUAGAAGUAGAUAGAAAGAAUAAGGAAAGAAUAAGAAAGAAAUUAAUGCGAAAUAGAUACGCUUCUUCGAAAUAGAAACCUACUAGAAAAUUUCCAUUUCAUUCCCUUGGAGCGCGCCCUUUCCAGUUUUCCCGGCACGCAAGAUUCGAACUCGGACAAUUUUGCCACUCUGCACAUUCUCGUGCACGUGGAUUUUGACGUCUCGGGCACCGAAAACCGAGUCCAGUUCGCGAAGACCGCGUUACCGGGAAACAGCGACUUGACGAGCAACGACCCGAAGCUCAAAGCCAACGACGACUGCAUCGGGAAUGCGUUGCGGCAGUACCUGCAGAACCCCACUCCCGUCACCGACUUCGGACAAAGCAACGGUCUAAACGGCAGGGUUUUUAGGGUAUUUCUAUUUAUUUUUAUUUUAUGAGGUGGCGUCUUGCUCUUUACCCUGGAAUGGCAAACACGGUGUUUGAAAAUUGAAGUUUUCAGUUCUUGAAAUAAAAUGACAAAUGUUUAUUGAGUGCACAACAACUUGACGUAUACUACGUUUCAACAACCACUUCAGAUGUUCUUCGAGUUUUCCGCCAUGCGGACCCACCAAACCGCGGAGCAGCUGAACCAGCACUGGCACGGCGCGGGCGGCCACUGGCUGGGCGCGUUUGCGGAGAACUUCAAACUCUCCCGUUCGUCCUCGAGCGGCUCCGACAGCGGGGGCGCGGGGAACUCCGUACAGACCAAAUUUCACCAGGCCAGCCUGGACGACCUGGCGGUGGACGACAUCGAGCACGUCCCGCUGUACUUGGGCGACGUCCCCAUCACGUGCGACGCGACGCACAACUGGCCGAGCGACUACACGGAGGUUUCCGAGUCGGUUGGCAAGUCGAUCCGCAUCAACGACGUUUUUGAGAUCUCCCACACCCUGCACUACAUUCGACUCCACAUCAAGGACAAGUCCCUCGCGCGCCUCUACGUCGCGCCCGAAUCCGGCGCGGUUGGGCUCGUCACCGCAGAUUUGGUCAAACUUGUUUCCGACGAGGACGACGGGGCCGUUACCGACAUCGACACGGAGACCUUCCCGCCCGUGGAGGCGGUGAUUCUGCCCUUCGGAAACCGGCAGCGCAUGCUGGCAGCGGAGAUCCGGACGCCGGGCAGGUACCUGAUCCGCGUGAAAACGCCCUUCCUGCCCAUCGGCGGGCUCUACACGUGCAAAUCGGUGAAGAUCCGGCUGCAAGUUUCGCCCGUCUCGAUGGUCGUCUGGGACGACGCGCGGGCGUGCUCGUCGGACCAGCCGGACGGUGCGGGGCUGCUGCAAGAGGAGGUGUCGAGGAAGGUGACGGACAGCUUUUCCCCGAACUGGAUGGAUUCCACGGUAACGCUGACGCACAAAACGGGGAACGCGGCGAAGAGCUUCAUGGUGGGGAACCACUUCAACGGGAUCGGGCACCCGGUGCGGGAGGAACCCGUGAAGAACACGCUGCUGCGACUCGGCAUCCAGUCGGACUUCCUGAUGGCCGGCCUGGUGGUCGGGAUCUGGACCACGCCGGGGAAGCAGGCGAAGGUCGGGAUCCCCAUUGCGUCCCCCAUGGACCAAGAUUUCGGGUUCCUGGAGCUGCUGAAGUGCGAGAGCUGCAUGGUGCAGAUCAUCUACGUCCCGUUUCAAAACGUGUUGCAGGACAAACAGUACUGUGCGCCCUACAGUCUGGACAUCGCCAACGUGGCCUUGCAAAACGUCGCGAAGUGCAAUCUGCUCGCGCCGGAACUCCCCCUCGGCGUCUCCUACACGCAGGGCGGGGGACCCGGUUUUUUGGACGGGGACUUUUUCUUUUCGAAAACCAGUUCUUCCACCUUCAGCAGCCUGUCGUCCUCUUCGGCUGGAGCGAGCCCAGACGUGAUCGAGGCGGAGAUCGACGUGCCGCUAGGGAGCCGCGAGCACGGUCUGCUGGUCGCCUUCGGCCGGGCGGACGGACACUUGGUGACGUUCGAGCGCUCCCUCGCCGUCGGGGGGUACGGCACGCCAACCGGCCCGUCGGGGCGGUCGGACCGCGAGCAGCUGUUCUCCUUUUGGUCGCAGUCCGGGGGGGACCGCCUGCGAAUCCGGCUCCGCCCCGAGGUGAUGGCGCUGGAGGCGGCCUGCAUCAACGUGAAUUUGCACAUUUUCGCCGCGAAGCUGGAGAUGCUGCCGCUGUGCCCGUGGAAGGACACGCGGAUCGUCGUGAACGGACAGUCGAACAGUCUGACGAAGGAGUCGGAACUGGCCAAGUUCGAGGAAGGCGUGAAGGAGGCGCUGGCGCUCAUCAAGUCGCUGUCCGAGGGCACGCCGGUUGCGAGUCAGACCUCGAGCGGCUUGAGUCCAGUCGUGGGGGAGCAGCUGGACGGAUCGACGGAAUCCAGACACUUGCUGCGCCACCUGAUCCGCGCUUUUCUGCCCAUCGACUUGCUGGGCGGGAGCGGGCAGAGUGGCAAUGCGCAAAUCAUCGGGGACGAGCUGCUUCGCGAACCCUUCAUGGUCAACAGCCCGCAGGGGGUGCGGGUCCGGUUUGAGCUGUCGCUCGAUCCACCCAUGGUGCCGAUCGAGCUGGUCAUCGAGGACGCCAACGGUCUGGAAUACGGUCGGGCGAGUCGGAAGCGCGGGCGGAGAUUGCUGUUCACGUCGAACGCCUUGCCGGAAGGGACGUAUUACCUGAUCCUGUCUCUUCCCCCGGUGGCAGAUCGGCUCCGGAAGCCGCCAGACGGGUUUCCCGACGCGAUCGCGACAGGUGCGUACUGUAUCGACACGACUCUCAUGAUCGUUGCGGAGCCGGGUGGCCCAACGGAUAGCUGGCGACAGGAGUUACUGGCCUAUCCGGAGUUGUUCGCAGUGGAGAAGCUGAAUCACUACCCGGUGCACCUGCAUUCGGAGUUUACGGAAAUGGUAUACUGGAACAUAACGUCGAUGACUGUGAUUUAUUCGUAUCCCGAAAACAAAAUAAGUACACAAAUUCGUCGGCACCUCAAUCAAGGCGUUACGAGGCCGUAAUGCCGUUUCUUCAUCUUCAGAAAUUUUGUAGAGCACAGUUAUGCUCAGGUUGACCAACAUGGUAAAAUCAAAGCAAAAUUUCCUGAAACAGGUGCUCUCCGUUCCCCUUCGCGUGAAACACUCCGGUUCGUCCCUGACGAUCCGCAAAUCCGCGGGCAGGAAGGUCGCGCUGCGCAUGCAGUCCGAGCCGCUGAACUUGAAAUACGGGAAACUGAUGCUCGAGGAUCCAGUGACCCAGGAAACCAAAUCCCUCUCCCCGUCCGGGUUCCUGCUGCUGGAUACUUCCGCGAACGAGGUCAUGCUGAAAUUUCUGUACAACUGCUCCCCGGGCGCCAACGACUGCGGCGAGCAGCCGUUUCUGCUCACGCUGGCCAUGGCCAACGAACUGGAAUCCGUCGCCGGGACCGGCGUCGCGCCCCUGCAGCAGACCAUCAAGGCCGCGGCCGGCCCGCUGAGUGGCGGUCUUCCGAGCAGCCGGAAUUUGCUGGGCUGCACCCAAUCCGCGGCGAAUUCCGCGGAGGAACCGUCGGUGUUUCUGCGCGACCUGUGGCAGCCAGAGGUGGCCCGACAGGUGCGGGACCUGGCGUUCAACCCGAACCAGAAGCAAACCAUCGCGGCCAAUCUGCCGAUCUGUCUGACCAAGACCUUCGUGAAGCAGCCGGACGCCGCGGUCAACAAUGACCCGGUUCUCGGCACCACCACCGUCCGCGCCUUCGACGUGCAGGUGCCGGGGCCGUCCGCGAUCAAGCUGACAUACUGGGCCUCGGACCUGGCGUAUCACACGAAAAAAGUGUUACAGUUACACAUUUGUUUGCAAUUCAGCAACACAAAUUUUCUCUGUGUGGCAGAGAAAACUUGUAAUGCGAAGAUCAUAAGGGAAAACAGGAAGGAAACGAGGUUCCCAAGCAUCUCCUGCAUGAGAAAGGUUGUCUGUGUUGCCGGUCUUGCAACACAAUGUGUAACUGUAACACUUUUUUCUUGCGAUAUGGCCCAGGCCAGCGUGAAGGUGGGACUCGUCACCAUCGAGGGCGUGUUAUCCUGAGUAAAAACGUACCCACACCAGAGUUGUGAUGCAGAUUUGCAAAGGCAGGAAAACUUGUAGUGCGCAUCCCCAUGAGAGCUAUUCCCAAUCGUGUUUUGAAAUUUGUGAUGCUGUGAACAGGAUGAGCAGAUCAAUCUGUGACGCGGCUGCACUUGCUAACCUGCACUACGCUGCAGAGUAAAACUUGUCAUGCGUGACUCACAAAGCUCCUAGGUUUGUGUUGCAAAAUCCCCAUCCUGACUCUGGUGUGGGUACGUUUUUACUCAGGAUACGUGUGGAUGGCGGAGCAGCGGGGGUCGUUCAUGGGUCUGUCCCUGGAGCUGCCCGGCCCCGCGAUCUACACGAUCCGGGUCGCGCUGACCGAGAUGCCGCACGAGUCCAACAGUUUCGGUACGACGGUCGAGGACGCGUUUCUCGGGCACUUUCUGAUUCAAACCGUCCCUCUCGGGGACGAGCUGCGGUACGACCGGUUGGAAGACGACGCGAACCUGUUUUCCCAGCAGCGCCAGCAGAACGAGCAACUGCAAAAGUUUCCGGUCGUCGACGUGUCGGCCGCCCGGGACCUGCGGCCCCGGUCGAAGUGCCAAUUUUCGGGUGGCACGACGCUUCUACCGAUGGAUUUCUUCUCCGCCCACGGCGGGUCCGAGGUGUUUCACGGGCCGGUGCGCGCGGCCCACUUCCCGGCGCCGCAGCUGUACCACGCGGAGGUGCUGCUAACCGACGUGCACGACGGGCGAAAGAAGGUGUUUUUGGAGCUGCCCGACGACCUGCAAGCCGGACAGUUCUUCACCUACAAUGGCGGAAGUUCUACUUCCGGCCUCGGGGGCAUUUUCUCAUCGUCAAACACAGCCGGUUCCUCAUCGAAUCCGCCGUACACCUACCAGCUGAAGUUCGGCGGCGACUUCCCGGCCGGGUCGUCUUGCGGCGGACAGCAAGUGGGGUUCCGGCUCGAGUCCAACGGCCUCCCCGUCGUGCCGCUGUGGAGCUCCAAGGACAGCAAAGUCUACAGCAACCUGCAGCCGAAACAGAAGCUGUGGCUGGUGUUUCAUCGGGAGCACCGGGUCCGCGGUGUGUCCGCCUGCCAGCGGUUCCACUUUUUCCUGGCGCUGAGCGCCACGGCGGGCGGGGGCUCGGUUGUGCCCCCGACGCAGCUGCAGCCGAAAUCGGUGGACCAGGAGCCGGCGUGCGCAGACGGCCGCCCGGGAUCCAGAACUGCGUGGCUGCUGAACAUACAAAAGACUUCUACCGCGGGCCAAGAUUCGCGAGCAGCAAAUCUUCCCGUCGUGUCUGGCGCAGUUGUGUUUCCGCAGCAAGUGCUGCAGACGGCGUUGUACGAUGCGGAUGGGUACACUGUGGCCCCCGUGCUCAUGCAGCGCGAGGAGCGGGAAAGGUACCGAGCCGAUAGCAGUGUAGUGAACUGGAACGAGGUUGAGAACAAACUCAUCACCCUGCCCGGCUCGUUCUCCGUGCGCAGGUUGAAGAUCAACUUCCCCGCGGACCUGGUCGCCACCCUGCGGGGCCAGGCGUUCAUGAACGAGAAGCAGCAGACGCCCUACGUGCAGAUCCGAGUGGCGUUUUCCUACCUGUCCGGCUCUCCCGCGUUCUCCGCGGGGAAGGAAUCAGUCGCGCGGUGGGCGCAACAAGAAGCGGACGACUCCUUUCCUGGACUGGACAUGGCCCGCGUGUUGGUCGUGGAGUUGGAAGAGCUUUUAGACCACGAGUUCCACUUUUGGUGGGAAUAAGCAUGGAAAAUUGUAAAGCAUCGCGCUAAAGAACAAGUUGUGAAGAUUACAACACAAAUUAUAAUGUUAGCGAGAACACAAGGCCAAACAGUUCAAAACAAGCCGAAGGGGCUGAAGUUGUUCAAAUCCUAAAGGGGUCAGCUGUAUGACUUGCGUCCACAGGCUGCCAACGACCUGAGGGCAAUGGGAAAAGUCUCAAAGGUUCGGGAUCCCGCCAGCUGUAGGGCUGGCCUAAGCAUUUCCAUGACGGGGAUCAGGUCGGUCAUCAUCAUCAGGCGGAUCCUAGGGAUUCCGAUCAUCAUCAUGCUAGCGCUAAGGGUAGGGAUUUAGAUCCUAAGGAUUCCGAUCAGCUAAGGCCUUGGGUGUUGGGAUCGAUUUAGGUCGGUGAGAUUCUUGAACAUUUGGCUGCGCAGGCAGCUGCAUAAUGAUCUUCGUCAACACCCCUCCUAGAAUCGUCUCGACUACCCAUCGGAAAUCCUAAGUAAAAGUCUAAAACUAGCGCAAAACAUAAAGUCAAAAGUCUAACUUAGAAACUCGAAGCCAGAAGUCUAGAAAUCAUAGCAGUGCCUCUGUAAACCGGCCAUCACGGCUCCUGCGCAGGACAUUCAUCCAUAGCAGCGCUACUCCUCACUGGGCUGCACUGGGAGACCAGCUAUGCCGUGGCGUGAGCGCAGCAACUGCUUACCGGGGAAUCUGUCUCCAUGUGAGUUGCAGCUGUCAACGCUUGGCAAAGCCAGGCAGACAGACUCAGCAAAGCAACGCGAAAGCGGUCACUUCGCUUGCCUUUCCUCACAUCUCUUCGCUCAAGGGGAACAAAGCAAGAGAGAAACUCAAACUACAUGCCAGCAACGCAAUUCAGGACUGUUCCACUCCCAUGUCUGUCCUCAACGUAGACAAGGGUCUCCCUAUGUUGUGGGCCGUUGGAGAUGGAAGCAACUGGACAGAAGAUCGCAGUGGAUUUCUAUACAGCACCCAAUCGACAACGUCACCGCAUAGCGAGUAGCGGCGCAAGAAUUGCGUAGCGACCCUCUACGUCUAGGUCUGCGACCAUGUCAGUCAAAACAUCAGUAAAGAUACUUCAGAAGGAGAAGGACCUUACUACCCAGGGCGGCACGCGCCAACACCUGUCCCCUCCUCAGCUGAGGAACGGCGACUGUGUGGGCGACUGUGCUGCUCACUGGUCAGCUACACACCAAACAAAGAAUAGGCUCUACGUAGCGCAAUCUACUAAAAGUCUCUACUUCCUUCUACUGUGUCAGAAACGUAGCCUCCCUGCAGGUUCACAACGGGGCUCCCCUCCUCAAGUCAAGAACAUCCUAAAACAGUCCGGGGACUGCCUGACCCUAGGACGCUCCCGGCUUGAGAGGCGACACGCCUCGAAGCUCACCCGAGGGCCUGACGUCUUCGAUCUAGAAGCCAGAACGUCAGCAACUAGACAUGCUCACUAGACUGCGCAUGAGACUGGCAAGUCUCAGUGGCGUGGUCAUGAGUCUUACUGUCGUAGCUGUCUGCGUCAGCUAUCUACGACAAAAUCUCAAUACUACUGGGAACCACAUAGACUAUCUAUCUAGAGCUACUGAGCUAAGCAAGGGAAUCCAGACUAGAGGCCUCGAUAUAUCAAGCAGACUUGCUGCAUGUCCGUGAUAUUGGCAUCUUGCUUCUGGGAGAUGAAGCACGCCAGUCCGUCUGACUACCAGCACCAUUCGCACGUAGGAACGCUGGGCGUCCAUCGUGGGUGUGGUUGCCUCCAGGAAAAUAGACCUGGCGGAGUCAGGUAAUGUCAUUUGUGUCGUGCGCUUCGUCCACUUGUUAGGAACCUCAAUCCGCCGGCGGUGACUUGACGCCAGGGAAGAAGUCUGCCUAGCUCUCACAUCAUCAAACUAGAAGAGAGCAAAGGGGCCUCGCGCCUCUUCUUCCUUCAUCUCAUUCGGCCUGCUCGGCAUCGAAUUCACUACGCUUCACGCGUUUCACAUCUUUCACAUUCGCCAGCCUUCGCGGCAGUUUCACCUCAUUCAGAAUUUUGCUUCGUGUGCUAUCUAGGAAAUAGACUCGCAGCUGAGUAGUCUUCGCCAUGCGUACUGUUUCCUGGCUGCUCCACUACUGUAGACCCGGGCUAGGACACUGCGCAAGGCAAACCACCGAAGCGGCGCGCUGUGCCUACCUACAAGGGCUCUACUAGGGUUCUGCUGUGUCCGGAUAGCGCCCGGCUGGCCUAUCAAGACUAGUGGGGCUAUGCACCUGUCUCACCGAGUCACUCCUGACUUCCAUAUGACACAAGGCUUCGCGAAGGCAUCAAGCCAACAGCGAAUGACAACCAAGGCCAAUCGGACUCCCUGACCAGGCUGGUAGCGAGGUCUAGACAUGGGGUCCCUGAGCUGAUCAAAGUCAUGCCUGGAGUUUUGGACUCACCUAGCAACUCAGCGCUUUUGCUAGGCCUGAGUUUGAGGGUGCUAGGAAAGGAGUUCCUGCCUCAGAGUGAGUUUGAAUAUAAGUGCACCAGGAUCGGGCUGCAUGUUUCUCAGCCAGAGCCGGAGGCAUGUUGCAUCAGGUAGACUCAACGCUCUGCCAGUGGUGAAACGCUCGAACCUCCGCAAGCACGCCCUCCCUGAGUGGGUCGACUGCCUGUGAUUCGAUGCAGGGAUCACUCACAUGGAUAAGUCUCCAUAUAGAUGCUGAGCGUGUCUCGCGGUCUGGAAUCAAGAUCCCUAACCACUCGCACACGCUCGCCCGACUUCGUCCGAGUCAAGUCUUUCGUCGAAGAAACGCACCGCGUCAAGUGUGUCUUCGCGUGUUUACAGCAUCGGAGUUCCAGAAACGAGUGGAGUCGCGCUAUUCAGCGCGAUGCCGCCACGAAUCAGGAACCACAGGUAUACAGUCUGGACAGCUCUUCUUGUGUUCACCUAUGCGAACUGGUGGAAGGUAAGCAUGUGGACAGGCUCACCUCCUCAGGGCGACUGAAGCAGGGCGCUUAUAGUCGUCCUCAUAUUGAUAGAACUAGACCUCGCGGUCUAACGCGUUCUAUCUUCCAGAUUGUAAUCCCGUCACAAGCUGCCUCGGGGCCUUCCGACCUCGUGCUCCAGCUUGUGCCUAACUGAGAUGGCUAUCCAGGGCUCCUGUCACUGAGAGAACACCUCUCGAGCCUUCGCUGGAUCUCUGUGCGACUCCUUCACCUCAUUGAAGGGUCUUUGCUUGACUACAUGGACUACCUUUGCUCACGCGUUUCAUUCAGACACCAUCCUCCCAGGCGAAUCACGCGCGUGAUGCGACCGCUCCGAGGGUGCCAACCACGGAAGAGUCUUCACGGCGAUCAUCUAGCGGGCUGAAUUUCACAGCGUGAACCGGACUGGCUGUCCCAAAACCCGACCUAACAACGCCAGGGCGCUGUCGCUCGUUCCCCUCCUCAGGCUGAAGGCCUUCGGAGAGCACUAGCGCGGUCUUGGCUGGGGCCGUCCUUCUCUUUCAACUUCAUAGACUCAGUCUUCUGCCUUCUUCUCAACGUGCUCCGCCCCAUGAACCUCCAGGCGAUGAGCCGACCAUCCAAGUCUAGUCGUCCAAGCGCGGGCGGAACCGGCUGCGACGCGCCGUCUCGAAGGGCAAGAUAAAUUCCAUAGAUAGACUCUCUUCUAGCAUACAAGACGCAGUCCCUAGUCGUGCUCACCUUCACGAAGCUCCGGCUGAAGGAUAAGCCUACGGCCACGCAAUGGGCUUUCAACGCUAUCCAGGCAACCAGAGCUACCGCUAAGGCUAACACAGGGAUAGAAGGGGGUCUCCACCUGCACAGGGCAGGGGCGUGACCUUACAGCAUCAGGAGGCGCUCACGCGGCUGCCUCCCCUCCUCUUCCUUUCUCGCUUCGCGCGACUUUCGUCAUGGACUAUGUGCUUUCAGCUUUCUCCACGGGCAGGAGCUGAAUGGGCAUCCUCUUUCCGAUGGAGUUGCGACGAUUCUCCGAUCAUUGACGAAGAUCAUCACAGAGGAUUCUCUUCAUGACCUGAAACAGGCGCAAGAGAAAUCAAGAAACACCGACCAGAAUCCGAAGACUCGCGGUUUCUCGUCCUGGCAAGUACAUACGCACAACCGACAUUCACAAACAGACUUCAAGAACUCUAAUACUGGUCCGAAUCAAAGCCAACUCUACUCUAUCUCUACUCGGUCUCUGCUCUAGCGCUAACGAACUCUACCGAACUGCAUACAGAACGAUCUUCAUACAGAAUUGCUCUUCAUGUCUAUCACAAGAUGCAUUCAGACGCCUUUCCUAGUUCGCUUCGCCAGGUCACUUGCGUGACCAGCUCAGCGCAAUGGGGUAGAUGCGUCUGUCAUGUGCAUCUGCGACCGACUUCCUUGCGUGUCGUCAUGUCUGAAGACACCAAACACACCGCCAAGCAUUCUCACUGCUUGCGGUCAUCUUUCCGCUCCUUCUUCUUUUUUUUGUUCGUUUUUCAACGAUUUCGCACGGCAAAAACGUUCUUAAAAGGUUGCAAAGGGUUGAAGAAUUUCUUCGAAAGAUUCAACAUGUACGAUUUACAUCGUCUUUUUGUUUUGUUUUUCUUUUUCUUUCUCUUUCUCCUCUCUCUCUCUCUUCCUCCUCUUGACCGAAUUCAUCGAGCUCCUUAGGCAGCUCCGGCGUUCUCGGUCUUCUUGUCCUCCUUGUUCUCGUUCUCCUUCGUGUCCGUCUCGGUCUCGGUCUUCUUGUCCGUGUCUUUCUCGUUCUCGUUGUUGUCGUUGUCCAUGUCCUCGGCCAUGGUCUCGACCUCGUUACCCUUGUCCUCCGUGUCCUUGUCUUUGGCCUCGGGCUCGACCUCGGCGGCCUUGGUCUCGGUGUCCAUGUCCUCGGCGACAAGCCCGGGAGGGGUAGAACUAGACCAGGGGGCCGCGUUAACGCCCGGCAUUACCGGCGUAAGGGCGAAAGAGCUCGGGGAAGUCGGUGGCCCGUAAAUGGUGGGGGUCGGAGCUUCCAAAGGGGUGAGGCUAGACAGGUACAGGGGCGGGGUGUUCCCGUACUCCUCCGGGGUGUUCAAGUGGUACGGGGUGGGGCCGGGGGUUUCCGUCGGGGGAAAGUUCGGCGGCGUGUCGUUCCCGGCCGUUUCCGUACUCGUCUCCUCGCUGUCGGAUCCCGUGGCCCCUUGCAGGGUUUCGGAUACCAACGAGCGAAGACGAGCCCCAGCGCGUUCGAUGCGGCUGGCUUUCCCUUCGAUUUUGCGCAAAGCCUUGCGCAACGCACGGCGGGACAUUUUGGGCAUCUUGUCAAGGGGUUGGCAGUGUUAGCGAGAACACAAGGCCAAACAGUUCAAAACAAGCCGAAGGGGCUGAAGUUGUUCAAAUCCUAAAGGGGUCAGCUGUAUGACUUGCGUCCACAGGCUGCCAACGACCUGAGGGCAAUGGGAAAAGUCUCAAAGGUUCGGGAUCCCGCCAGCUGUAGGGCUGGCCUAAGCAUUUCCAUGACGGGGAUCAGGUCGGUCAUCAUCAUCAGGCGGAUCCUAGGGAUUCCGAUCAUCAUCAUGCUAGCGCUAAGGGUAGGGAUUUAGAUCCUAAGGAUUCCGAUCAGCUAAGGCCUUGGGUGUUGGGAUCGAUUUAGGUCGGUGAGAUUCUUGAGCAUUUGGCUGCGCAGGCAGCUGCAUAAUGAUCUUCGUCAACAUAUAGCCACGUUAUUUUACUUUUAGAUGAGCAGAAAUUUGAUGCCACAGUCACAGAAGGAACAGGGUAAAAAAUGGAAAUGAGUGGCUGCAAUUACAACUAUUACGAAGAGCGCGAUGCAACUUUUGAACAGGAUAAAGAGCCCAACUUUCCGGACGAGUGCGGCCUGUUCGCCUUUCAACUGAAGCUCCUCACCGCGACGCCCGCGACCUCUUCCCUGCUCCCCGCAACCGCGGGCGGAACGGCGACGUCCACCUCUAUCGCGUUUCCGCUGUCGAAAGUUGUUCGCACGAACGCCGUGCAGACGGAGUACACCGUCGUCUCGGUCGGGAAGCCGAAGUACGCGCACCCGAAGCCGUAUGAGAGUGUCAGGAUCGAAAUCGACAAAAUCAAAUUCAAAAAAUUUGUAAUGCAUAAAAUGUAGGGCACGCGCACGUAAGGCCUGUGUUGGGGAGCAGGCAAAUGAGGCCGAUUGCUAGCCUGUUUAGGGGUAUGGAAUGUGCUGCCAGAGUAGCAUGAGAGGAGCCGUCUUCUUUGCCCAAACAGCAUGACAGACUGGAUUUUGGCGCUCCCCAAAUUUGUCAUGCGCCACUUGGAAACUGCGGCCCCAACUGGUAUCGAUUAUAUGCAUCACAAAGUAUUUCGAUUUUGUUCUUGAUUUCGAUCCUGACAGUUCCAUAAACCGCACCUGAUCGAAAACCCGUUUGGGCAGUUCCACUUCGUCACGUGGCGGCGGGUCCCGAGCGAGCGCACGCAGGACUUCCAUGUGUGGUUGGACGACCAGGAGGUCUACUGGCAGCAGAAGCUGAGCAACUUCGGAACAGGAGACGGUGCGACCACCAGCACGAGCAUUGUGACGGCCAGCGCCACGGGGAACCAGAACAACAACCAGCCGCAAACCUCGCUUCGCGGCGGUCUGGGCAAGUUCGGAGUCGGAGGCCCGAACGCAGCCGAAAACUAUGGGCGGGGUGGAACACAAACGACCGGCGGAGACGACGUAUUGUUACGAAACCAAGACGGAUCGCCACCGGACGGAGACCUACAGGCGCAACAGGUUGCCAGCAGGACCCGGCAGAUCGCCGUGUUUAUCGUGCUACUCCUGGUGAUCUACGUCGCGGCCCGCCUGUACCACUCCAGCCAGCAGGCCGCCAAGAGCGGUUAUUCCGGGAGUAACUCGUUUGCGGAGAGGGUCGUCGAGCUUGCGUCCACGUCCGCGAUGGGCAUGGGUGGUGGCAGCAAGAGUGGCAUGAUGGUCGGAACAUCUUCAUCGUCGGGCACCAGACGCGAAAUGUUCAAGUUCGCCGACGACGAGGACGACUUUGGUGGGGGCGACUUACCGCUCGACGACGGCGGCCUUUUUGCAACAGCCACGUCCACGGAAGGCUACGGGGGCGCCACGCGGAGCUUGCGGCCCAGGUCGCCGUCAAGGGUCACGUAUGGAACUUCCAGCUCCGGUGGCCCACCGGUUCUGUCCGCCGCAAGAAAUGCUGGGAUACAGCCGGGCGGUGGUACUUCGUCGGUAAACGAUUCACUGGCACCAUCGUCGGCUAGUGGAGUACAGCCGCCGUCAGUCGAAACACUACGAGGAAACGCGGCGUCCUUAACUCCAACCUCUAGGUCCCGGUCGAUGUUGCAGCAGGGAGAUGCGGUACUCGAAGAGCACGACAGCACACCCCCACUUGUCGUGGAAGAUCUGACGAGUAGCUUCGUUCCGCCGCUCCCACCCCCGCCCAGCGGGACAACGAGCUCGCUAAACUUGAACCUGACGCCCACGAGUAUGACGGAGGGCACACGAGCGAGGACGCACGCGGCAGGGGUAGCCGUUGCGGGUGGGGGAGAAAUAAAUCCUGGCAGUAUGAUGACUACUUCGCUCAACGACGAUUGGCAGUUGGGAGGUGGGGGCGCACCGCCCUGGGGCGACGACAUCGACCAGUUCUUCGCUACCUCGACGGACGGAAAUGACCCGCUCAUCUAG